AUGGCUCUCGACAUUCCAUUCACGGACAAAACUCAACAGACUAUUGUCAAGGCACAAAAGUUAGCCCGAGAAUUUGGGAACGUUCAAAUAAUGCCUGUUCACAUCGCAUGCGCUUUAUUCGACGAAAAGGAUGGCGUAUCGCUCUUCAAGUCGAUUGUCAAAAAGGCUGGUGGUGAUCCCGUUGUACUUGAGCAAGCUUACAAGUUACUAGUGAACAAGUUGACAACCCAAGAUCCUCUACCCGCCGAGAUUACUCUGUCAUCUAGUGUAGCCACGAUAUUGCGCAAUGCUGAGGCGCUAAUGAAAAAGCAAAAGGACUCAUUUGUUUCGGUCGAUCAUCUCAUUCUCGCCCUUGCAGAUGAUUCAACAAUCUUCCAGCCCAUGAAGAGUGUAGGCUUAACAAAGAAAUCGCUCGAGAACGCUGUAUCACAAGUGCGUGGUACAAGACGCGUUGACGCAAAGAAUGCGGAAGAGGUUUACGAAGCCUUGUCAAAGUAUGCAAUUGACUUAACAGAAAUGGCCCAAAGCGGCAAGUUGGACCCCGUUAUUGGUCGUGACGACGAGAUCCGCCGAGUAAUCCGAGUACUUGCCAGACGUACAAAGAACAAUCCGGUACUUAUAGGUGAACCAGGUGUUGGAAAGACAGCGAUUGUAGAAGGUCUUGCUCGUCGUAUAGUUGAGUGUGAUGUACCGCAAACUCUCCAGUGUAAGCUAUUCUGCCUUGACAUGGGUGCACUAGUUGCAGGAGCCAAGUUCAGAGGCGAAUUCGAAGAACGACUAAAGGCCGUACUUAAAGAGGUCAAGGAUUCCAAGGAGGGCGUAAUUUUGUUUAUUGAUGAAAUCCAUACUGUUCUUGGAGCUGGAAAAGGGGAAGGGUCAAUGGAUGCUGCCAAUCUAUUGAAACCAAUGCUGGCACGCGGCGAGCUAAGAUGCAUUGGGGCCACCACUUUGACUGAAUAUCGCCAAAUUGAGAAGGAUCCUGCAUUUGAACGCCGAUUCCAGAGAGUAGAUGUAGGGGAACCCUCUGUAUCUGCCACCAUAUCCAUCCUUCGUGGGCUUAAGGAGCGAUAUGAAGCUUAUCACGGUGUUAAAAUUACUGACGGCGCACUUGUGGCAGCUGCUCAGCUUUCCGAUCGCUACAUUACCACACGCUUUCUGCCCGACAAAGCCAUUGAUUUAAUCGAUGAAGCAGCAGCCAAUACCCGUGUACAGCUCGACUCUAAGCCAGAAGAAAUCGACAUUCUUGAACGUAGACACCUUCAACUUGAAAUUGAGGCAAUGGCACUUGGGAAAGAAAACAACAAUAAAGACUCUCUAGAGCGUCUAGCAAGAGUACGCGAAGAAAUUUCAAAGAUCCAAGAAGAGCUUAAGCCAUUGAAGCUUCGAUAUGAACUCUCAAAGGGGCGUUUAGACGAAAUCAGAGAUCUUAAACAAAAGCUUGAUGAAAUGAAGCGCAAGGCAAUCGAAGCCAGAAACAGACAUAAUCUAGACACUGCUGCUGAUAUUGAAUACUAUGCAAUUCCUGAUGUCGAGCAGCGUAUUGCACAAUUAGUGGCAGAAAAACAAGACACAACUGCAGCACAAGCCUCAUCAGACCAGAAUAACACAGAGCAACUAGUGAGCGAAGUCGUUCGUCCAGAACAGAUUACGGAGGUUGUAUCACGAUGGACAGGCAUACCUGUUCAGAAUCUGGCGCGGAGUGAACGUGAAAAGUUGCUGCAUAUGGAAACAGAACUUGAGCUUAAAGUGGUCGGCCAAGAAGAAAGCGUUCGAUGUGUUUGUGAUGCUAUCCGUCUAUCGAAAGCUGGACUUCAGAACCCUAACAAACCUCUGGCAAGCCUUCUAUUUCUUGGCCCUACAGGUGUAGGCAAGACUCUCCUGUGUAAGACCUUGGCCGAAUUUCUGUUUGACGAUGAACGUGCCUUAAUUCGUAUAGAUAUGAGUGAGCUGAUGGAGCAACAUAGCGUAGCCAAACUCAUUGGUGCUCCUCCUGGUUACGUUGGACAUGAAGACGGAGGAUUGUUUGAGGCAGUUCGGCGUAAGCCUUAUGCAGUAGUCCUGCUAGACGAGUUGGAGAAAGCUCACAAGGAUGUUGCGAAUGUAUUACUUCAAGUACUUGAUGAAGGCUUCAUUCACGAUUCCAAGGGCCGCAAGAUUGAUUUCCGUAAUACUAUAAUCGUCAUGACAUCAAACUUGGGUGCACACCUUCUAGCUGAACAAACUACCACAAAACCGGAAGAAAAUUUAGCAAUCUUAAAGGAAAGCAUCCUUCACAUUGUCCGUCAACACUUUAGCCCGGAGUUUACCAACCGUAUCGAUGAGAUUGUUAUCUUCAACCGUCUUUCUCAGGACAAUAUCGUAGACAUUGUUGGUGUACGAUUGGAAGAGGUUCAAGAAAGACUUUCUGAUCGCAGGAUCAAGCUUGAAGUAUCCAAUGAAGCAAAGAUAUGGCUUGGGAAGUAUGGAUAUGAGCCUGUCUUUGGUGCAAGACCUCUUAAUAGGGUUAUCCAGCAAAAGGUUCUCAAUCCCUUAGCAAGACUGAUUAUUGAUGGAGGUGUAAGGGAUGGAGAGGUGGCUAGGGUAGAUAUGUCGCCCAAAAACAUUAUCAGAGUUCAUCGUAACCAUGAAAGUGAAGCAGAAUUUGCAUUGGAUAAAGAUAUGAUUCAAGAAGACAAUAUAAAUAUACAGAAAUUUCUUUUGGUUCCCAAUACAUCAAAUGUCAUGUUUAUCGUAACAACUUUACAAAUGGCUAUACAUAUUUGA